CAUGAAGUCCAACAUGUCAGACGCAGACCCCCUGACAUCCCCCUCGCCCUCUCCUUUCUUCCAAUGCGACUACACAGACUGGUCUCCCUCCUUCUCCAUCAUCCCCUCCGUCUACCUGCUGGCCUUUGUGCUGGGUUGCCUGGGCAACGCUCUGGUGUUGUGGGUUUACGUGGACCGAGCCGACGGGAGGAGGAGUCAUCCCGCGGGAUUUCGGAGGCCGUGUUGUCGAACCGACCAGAAGGAGUGUGACGAUGCAUCCAAGAGCUUGCGCUCUUCAUCUCCAAGGCCCCCGCGCCCGUGCCGCUCCCUGACGGACUCUCUGAUAGCUAGCUUAGCAUUAGCAGACCUCUGCUUCCUGGUCACCCUUCCCCUGUGGGCAGCGUACACAGCCCUGGGGUACCACUGGCCUUUCGGACAACUGCUGUGCCAGCUCAGCAGCUACCUCACCGCCCUCAACAUGUACGCCAGCAUCUUCAGCCUGAGCGUGCUCAGUGUGGAGCGCUACUGGGUCCUGACCGGAUGCCUUCGCCGCCGCCCGCCCACCCGUGCCCUGUGGCCACUGGCGGGGUUGUGGCUGCUGGCGGGGGUGCUGGCGCUUCCCGGCUUGCUUCUGCGCUCCGUGCAGGAGUCCGACUGGCCGGAUGAGUCGGGUUAUCUCGUGUGCCAGAUGGACUACUCCAUGCUGAUCGGAGACGAGCCAGAUGAGGAUGAGAGAGAGCGUGCCCAGAUGUGGUGGGCUGCCGUCCUGAGCCUCAAAUCAACGCUGCUCGGCUUCCUGUUGCCCCUCGGGGUCUUGCUGGUGUGCUACUGUUCCCUGGCCCACCUCCUCAGCAGACACUUCAGUCGCGGUCCUCUACCCGACCGCCGCCGCCAGCGCAGGCUCCUCAGAGUGAUUGUGACUCUAGUGUUGGCCUUCUUCCUGUGCUGGCUGCCUUUGCACAUCAACAAGACUCUGUCCCUUCUCCUUGAGUUCGGGUUUCUGACAUACUCUUGCACCUUGGAUCAGAUGCUGCUAGCGGCCCACCCAUACGUCACCUGCGUGGCCUAUCUCAACUCCUGCCUCAACCCGCUGCUCUACGCCGCUUGCGACCCGUGCUUCCGGAAGAGAUGUGGGCGGACGCUCCUGCUGCCGUUUGGAGCGUGGAGGGGAAAGGAAGUGAAAAGAAGGGAGGCGCAGAAGGAGAAGGGGAGCUUAGACGGCCCGGCGAGAACACGGGAGGAAACGGCAAACAAGACGCAAGAAGCGGACAUUGUCACUGAGGGGUGAGCGUAGCCGGACAGGACCUGAACAGAAUGGAGUGGACCGGCACCAACGUUCAAGUUUUGGGCAAACCUUCACCCAGUUCUUUUAUCGGUGUAUUACAAGGAAGGAACCUAGACCAGAGUCUAGUCUAGGCUCUGGUCUAGGAGUUGGAGGGACAGAGAAGAGGGAUGUAAGGUAGAAUGAGAGCGAAAACAGCAAGAAAUGUAUUUGACUGAAAAUUCCUGUUUUUCUCUUCACCACUCUGCUACAUUUUUUGUCUUAGGAACAGCAAUACUGUUAAUCGAGCCAUCUUGACCAUGGGGCAGUGAUUAAUUCAUAAGUGUGAGAAAUCCCGCCAAAUCCGGGAUAAAAGUCGCUUAUGCAUGAUUAUCCUGUAAAUGUGAUUUUCAACAUUAGCACAAUAUUGUUUUUUGUAUGGAAAAUAAAAUAGAGGAAACUUA